ACACUUUGACUUUUCUCGGUAAGGAGAGGGACUACUCUACACACAUUGCUGUUUUUGUGACAAUAUUUGAGGGUGUUUUGGUGCCACGGUGACCGGUCACCUGAAACUUUUCGGUCCAGGAGUGCGCGCAUCUUUUCCCCCGUGACUGACAACUUCCUUCGGCUUGCCAUCGGCGAGCAAGCUUGGGGGGCGACUCAGUUUCACGUGACGCAGCAGGUGAAAACAGUGAAAGUCGGGCAGUCAUGCUGUAGAAGCUGUCUCUGCAAGUGAAAGAGCGGCGUGGGACAAAAGUUUGCGGUCAGCACGAGUGGGACCAUGCAAGGGCAACACAACAGAGGACUGAAGAAUCUGAGGCUGUUGCUUCUGUGCCUCUCCGUUGCCAUCCUCGCCUCUGGAGUGCACGCGGGUGGGAAGAAGCACAGUGGCCCCUGUGGAGGAAGAGACUGUAGCGGAGAAUGUAAAUGUUUCCCAGAGAAGGGUGCCAGGGGUCACCCUGGGCCUCUUGGUCCCCAGGGUCCACAAGGGCCUCAAGGAAGACCAGGUGAUCCAGGCAUCCAAGGACCAAAGGGGCAAAGAGGCGACCAUGGCCGUGGUGGCUUCAUAGGUCCUAAAGGAAAUGUGGGAAUGACCGGCGUUCCUGGGUUUUCUGGAAGCGAUGGCAUCCCUGGUCACCCAGGACAAGCUGGGCCCAGGGGGAAGCCAGGUGCCGACGGCUGUAAUGGGACAAAGGGAGAACCAGGAUCACCAGGACAACCUGGAUAUAAUGGGGCACCUGGUUUUCCUGGACAACUUGGCAGGAAGGGAGAGAAGGGAGACUCCCUGGAGCUGAGUGUGUACAUGGAGCGUUUCAGGGGAGAUCCAGGCACACCAGGGGCCCAUGGAAUAUUUGGACCUUCGGGAACUGUAGGGUGGCAGGGUAACAGAGGCUUCAUAGGACCAAAGGGCCCCCCAGGGCCUCCAGGUCCCCGAGGACCAAAGGGCACUAUGACCAGAGUGAUUAAGGGGGCGAAAGGAGAACAAGGAGACACUGGACCACCAGGUCUGCCAGGAAACACCACUCAUUCCCAUACUCUUCCCCCCUAUGGACCCCAGGGACCUCGUGGAGAGAAAGGUGUGAAAGGAGAAACAGGAAAUCCGGCGACCAACAAAGGAGAACCUGGUGUAAUGGGAUUCCACGGACCACGGGGUGCAUCCGGUGCAGAUGGAACUCCUGGACCAAGGGGGGAUCCUGGUGAAAUGGGACAACCAGGCAGAGAAGGACCUAAGGGAGUCAGAGGUGAGCCAGGAGAUCUGAUUUCAUCUGGACCCUUGUGGCCUUGGUCUUCAUCAGCUGGUCCCCCUGGUCCCCCUGGUGAGCAGGGUCCACAAGGAGAGAGGGGCCCAGUAGGAGAUCAGGGCUUCCCCGGACCCCCAGGACGUCCUGCCGAUCACUCACAGCAACAAGUGUGGGACCUCUUCGGGCCAUUUGGUAUAAAGGGCGACCAAGGAGAGAAGGGCCAACAAGGGGAAGCAGGGAGCCCUGCUGUCACUGCAGGACCACCAGGCACCAAGGGCCGCCCAGGGGCCAUGGGCCCUCCAGGACCUAAAGGAACAUGGGCUGAGUUCUUCAAGGGUGCACCAGGUGGGAGAGGAAGGCCUGGCAAAGCUGGCUUCAAAGGAGUGAAAGGUGAUCAUGGAGAAUGUGAGUGCACUACUGUAAACUCUCCAUCGGGGCCACCUGGCCCUGCCGGGGAUCGUGGUGAUGCUGGGAUGGCUGGAGAGUUCGGUCAACAGGGUGAUUCAGGAGACCCAGGUCCCCAAGGAAAUGACGGUUUCCCUGGCUCCCCUGGUUUCAAUGGGGCACCGGGCCCAAAAGGCCAAAAGGGAGAGACAAAUGUGGCCACACAGAAAGGAUAUCCUGGAGACCCAGGUCUUUCUGGGCGAGACGGCGAGCCAGGAGCGCCAGGCGCUCCAGGCCGAAGUGGUUUGCCUGGUUUCCCUGGGAACCAAGGUCCUCCAGGAGAAGGUCCCAGGGGAGAACGUGGAGACAAAGGUUUCCUAGGUCUGCCUGGUCUACCUGGUCCAGCUGGGCUGAUGGGAGACCCAGGUGCAGUCCUUGGGGCCCCCAAAGGCCAGCGUGGUUUACCUGGUGAUGAAGGCCACCCAGGUUAUAAUGGGGUUCCAGGAACACCUGGCAGCCCAGGCGGCUGUAGUCCGACAGGAGAUGGAGGACAGGUGGAUGUAACAGGUAGUCCUUGUGAUGCAGUCCCAGGACCUCCUGGGCUGCCUGGGCGUCCAGGACUCAGUGGAUUACCAGGUUUACCAGGUCCUUCAGGCCAAAAAGGACCACAGGGUCCAUAUGGAGCAGCUGGAGAGAAAGGAGAAUCAGGAGACCAAGGCAUAGGAGGUCACCCUGGACCACCGGGUUUUGCUGGCCCACGUGGAGUCCUGGGAGUUCCUGGCUUCAAAGGUUCAGUUGGUGUCCCUGGUUUGCCUGGUGUGCCCGGCCGGCACGGGGCAGCAGGUGAGAAAGGUAUUCAUGGAGAAAUCUUGGGAGCAUCACCUGGACCCCCCGGUGACCCAGGGCUGCCUGGGCUUCAAGGAAACAAAGGCCAGGCUGGAAAUUCAGGAGAGCCAGGGUAUCCAGGAAUGGUCGGCAUGCCUGGCAUGAUUGGCUUCAAAGGUGAAAGUGGUCCUGCAGGUCUGCCAGGGGAGGAAGGGAGGCCUGGGCCAGCGGGCAAGUAUGGCUACCCCGGUGACCCUGGGCAAGAAGGUCCACCUGGGCCUCCUGGUGCCACUGGACAGCCAGGUUUCGCUGGAGAGAGGGGAACUGAAGGAGACUCAGGCCCUCCAGGUCCCAUCGGAUUAAAAGGGAUCCCUGGUGCAUACGGUGAUGAUGGUCCCGUUGGAGAGUCGGGCCCAACAGGUGACUCAGGACAGUUGGGUGCAGAUGGACGCCCAGGAGUCCCAGGAAUGAAGGGAUUCAAAGGGUCUCCUGGCAUGUCAGGUUUUGAGGGGAAACAGGGUGAUGUGGGGGUGAAAGGCUUCAGUGGGCAGAGAGGAGAACCUGGACUGCCAGGCCAAGUUGGCCAAAAAGGAAUGACAGGUCAAAGUGGAGAGAAAGGUGAACGUGGUCUGAUGGGGCCACCAGGGGAGAAGCCUGAAAUCCCUGCCCAGAUGAUUGUUGACAUGAAGGGUGUCAAGGGAGACCGUGGACAUAUAGGAAAUCAAGGAUUCACUGGGCCAAGAGGUGCUAAGGGUUUCCCCGGUGUACCUGGCAGCGAGGGAGCUCAUGGUACUCCUGGAGAUCCCAGCAAUAAGAAAGGACACCAUGGAGAUCCAGGUGCACAGGGACUGCCAGGACUAAAAGGAAUGCCGGGCCUAACUGGAAAUCGAGGAAUUACUGGUUUUCAAGGAAUGCCCGGCAACAAGGGAAUUAAAGGAAGUCCUGGUGCCUAUGGUGCAUCAGGAGACAAAGGAAGGAAGGGAAUAAAAGGUGAUAGAGGCCCUCGUAUAGACCUUCCAGGAUCUCCUGGAUUGAGAGGAGAGGAUGGUUUUCAAGGAGUACCAGGCCAGAAAGGAUUAUUUGGACAGACUGGGGACAGGGGUGUUACUGGUUUUGAUGGUAUUGAAGGGAGGAAGGGAGAAUUAGGCGAUCCAGGAAUAUCAGGAUACCCAGGCUCUGAGGGGCAGAGGGGAAGUCCUGGUAACCAAGGUCAAAAAGGCUUUCCUGGGAUUCCUGGAAAAGAAGGGCACCCAGGCUUUCCUGGCUUCCCAGGAAACAGAGGUUUCCCUGGUCUGAAGGGUCUUUAUGGAUUAGAUGGACUGAAAGGACAAAAGGGUAUCCCAGGAACACCAGGUCUGGAUACUGUUGGACCAAGUGGGGAGACGGGAGCCAAAGGAGAGAGGGGAGAGAGCGGCAACCCCAACAACCAGCCAGGUGUUCCAGGCACAGCGGGUUUGAAAGGCUUCCAGGGACCUACAGGCGACCAGGGUCAUCCUGGACCACCAGGGUUCCGCGGCCCUGUAGGACCAGAUGGGACCCCAGACAGACCAGGACCUGGUGGGGACCCUGGCUUUAAAGGACCAAAAGGAUACCAAGGUUUCCCUGGGCCUAGAGGAUUCCCUGGUGUGGAUGCUCCCCCUGGAGAGAAGGGUAUAGGAGGAUUUAACGGGUUUCCUGGAAUCCCCGGUAGGAAAGGAAUCAAAGGAGAUCAAGGUUCAUUUGGAUACAGGGGGCCUAAUGGUGUUUCGGGGAAGAAAGGGGUGAAAGGAGAGCAAGGAUUGAUGGGAGUUCCUGGUAUGAUUGGUGUGAAGGGAGAAAGAGGAUCAUCUGGUCCAAAAGGAAACACUGGACCCCCAGGUUUUCGUGGGUUCCCAGGCAGCCAGGGUCCUCUUCCAAUUCCCAUCAGUGUGCCAGGUGAGAGGGGCCUUCCAGGACCACAGGGCAUCCGAGGACCGGAGGGGGUGAGAGGGGAACGAGGGCCACAUGGUCCCCCAGGGGAUGCAGGUUUCAUGGGACCCGUUGGGCAGAAGGGUAUGCCUGGGAUUGGUGGAACACCAGGAAUAGCUGGAUUCCAUGGAGAGGUUGGACAAAGGGGCCACCCCGGUCUGCAAGGCAUGGAAGGUCACCGUGGCAACCCUGGGAUCCCUGGGUUACCUGGCAUGCCUGGCCGCAGUGUAAGCGUGGGCUACUUGCUGGUGAAACACAGUCAGUCAGAUCAGACACCCAUGUGUCCUGUGGGUAUGUCUAAACUGUGGGACGGCUACAGUCUGCUGUACCUUGAGGGCCAGGAAAAGGCCCACAACCAGGAUCUUGGUUUGGCUGGCUCCUGCCUUCAACGGUUCAGUACCAUGCCCUUCCUGUAUUGCAAUCCUGGAGACAUUUGCUACUAUGCCAGCAGAAAUGAUAAGUCCUACUGGUUGUCAACAACUGCCCCUCUUCCUAUGAUGCCUGUAGAGGAGGGAGAGAUCAAACCGUACAUCAGCCGCUGCUCAGUAUGCGAAGCUCCAUCAGUUGCCAUUGCAGUCCACAGCCAGGACAUCACCAUCCCACAGUGUCCUGUGGGCUGGCGCAGCCUGUGGAUCGGCUACUCCUUCCUCAUGCAUACAGCGGCAGGAAAUGAAGGCGGAGGUCAGUCCUUGUCAUCGCCUGGCUCCUGCCUGGAGGACUUCCGCACAACGCCGUUCAUUGAGUGUAACGGGGCUAAAGGCACAUGCCACUACUUUGCCAACAAGCACAGCUUCUGGUUAACUUCCAUAGAUCAGUCGUUCCACACUGAGCCAGCAUCAGAGACGCUCAAAGCGAGCCAGCUCCUGACACGCAUCAGUCGCUGCCAGGUCUGCAUGAAGAACUUGUGAAAGACUCUACAGUAACGCUGACAGGAAGUUGGUCCAUUCACAGUGGUCUAGUGUCAUCUCUCUAUCCAUGUACUAAACCAAACUAAGGGGGAUCUGAAAUACUGACUUAGAUCAAUGUAAAUGGGAAACUUUGUCCCCAAGCCACAGAGCUCAGAUAUACAGUGACUGUGUGAUUCCUUGUGCUAUAAAUGAAAUGUCCCACUGUAGAUAAAACAGGAGAAGCCCCAUAAUGAAGCCAACAGCAUUAUGGGAGAAGUAUUUUAUAUUAAAUGUGGAUUGGUGCUUACUGUCUAACUUAUUACCUCAGCUACUAUUACACAGAUCAGAGACCAUAUACUACAGCUAAACCAAAGAUGCCCGUGUGUAUGCACUGCUUCAGUUUAUCUAGAUGUUUUUAUUGUUUAGGGUAUACAGCCCACCAUAAAGCCACUAACACUGCUUCUCAGCCAACUGAAGAACGUGUCAUUGUCUUGUACAACUGUUGGUUGAUACUAUUGACACUAUUACCCUGCUUUUAUUCCAUUGCUCUUACAAAACUUAUUUUUAUAAUAUGACAGCCUUUUCAAGCUGUUAACUUGUUUUAUGCAUUUAUCAACUACUGCAAAAUGGUCUGUAACUCCUUAUUUUUCACACAUCAUUUGUUCACAAAAUGCACUGAUAAUCUUUGUAUUUAUACUAGCUGAAUGAACUUGACCCCCUUCCCUAAGAGUUUCAAAUGUAUAUUGUAUCUAAUACUUCUCAUGGCACACUCAUUUUUCUUAACAAAUCUACUAAUUAUUGAACUGCCCCAAGCUGCCAACCUUGACUGUGUGUAAACAGCCUGGAUCAAAGGUCUGACUGUAGCAAAUCCUCGCUCUGGUCACUGAUCGUGGGUUAGAGUAUUUUACACAAUUUAGAAAGUAGGUCAACUGUUCCACUUCAUUUAGCUUCACUUGCAAAUAAACAGUUUGGUAAGAACAGAAAAAUACAUGACAUUUGAUUUAAUUGUAAUGCAAUUAUGGUCAUUUUCAUAACAAAAAUAAUAUCAUUGGACUGUAAAGAUUAAAUGUUGUUUGUUAUA